UUGGUUUUCUCUGCUAUCUGGGAUCGCUCUAUUGGAGGUGAAGGACCGCCUGUCCCCUCUCUGCCUGUGCUGUCAAUGGCUUUCGGGACAUAUUUUAUUUGAAUGUCUGGGCAAUAUAAGUGACCAAUAAUGGAUAUUCUAUGGAUAUUAUGGACCAUACCGGCGGUAAUAGCUGUUGAAGAGACGCUUAUGGACUCCACUACAGCCACAGCGGAGCUGGGCUGGACGGUCUACCCCGUGUCAGGAUCGAGUGACAAUAGCUGGGAGGAGGUGAGCGGUUAUGAUGAAAACAUGAACACCAUCCGGACGUACCAGGUCUGCAAUGUUUUCGACAACAAUCAGAACAACUGGGUACGGACAAAGUACAUCCGGCGCCGGGGCGCUCAGCGAAUCCAUGUGGAGAUGAAGUUCUCGGUGAGGGACUGCAGUAGCAUUCCCAACGUGCCGGGCUCCUGUAAAGAGACGUUUAACCUCUAUUACUAUGAAUCCGAUGCCGACACAGCCACCAGAACCUCACCAGCUUGGAUGGAGAACCCCUGGAUCAAAGUUGACACCAUCGCAGCGGACGAGAGCUUCUCCCAGGUGGACCUAGGGGGCAGAGUGAUGAAGAUCAACACUGAGGUUCGAAGCUUUGGCCCAGUGUCACGGAAUGGCUUCUACCUGGCCUUCCAGGACUACGGCGGCUGUAUGUCGCUCAUCGCUGUACGCGUCUUUUACCGGAAGUGCCCCCGUAUCAUCACUAACGGGGCGUUAUUCCAGGAGACGCUCUCGGGAGCAGAGAGCACCUCCCUGGUGGCUGCAAGAGGUGUUUGCAUCCCCAACGCAGAGGAGGUGGAUGUGCCCAUUAAGUUGUACUGCAAUGGAGACGGUGAAUGGAUGGUACCCAUCGGACGCUGUAUGUGCAAGGCUGGGAACGAGGCUGUGGAGAAUGGGACCGUUUGUCGAGCCUGUCCGUCUGGCUUUUUCAAGCCGACUCAAAAAGAUGAGCCCUGUAUGCAGUGUCCCAUCAACAGCCGUACCACCAGUGAAGGCGCCAUGAACUGCGUUUGCCGCAACGGAUACUACCGCACCGACUCCGAUCCUCUCCAGAUGCCAUGCACAACUGUCCCCUCAGCUCCACAGACUGUUAUCUCCAGCGUGAAUGAAACCUCUGUGAUGCUGGAGUGGAUGCCUCCCCGGGAUUCGGGGGGCCGCGAGGACGUAGUCUUCAACAUCAUCUGCAAGAGCUGCGGCGGAGGCCGGGGAGGCUGCACCCGCUGCGGGGACAACGUUCAAUUUUUGCCCCGUCAGCUGGGCCUGACAGAACCCCGGGUCUACAUCAGUGACCUGUUGGCCCACACGCAGUACACGUUUGAGGUGCAGGCUGUCAACGGGGUGUCAGAUCAGAGCCCCUACUCCCCUCAGUACGCCUCCGUCAACAUUACCACGAACCAGGCUGCUCCAUCUACUGUAUCCAUAAUGCACCAGGUCAGUCGCACCGUGGACAGCAUCACCCUCUCCUGGUCCCAGCCUGACCAGCCUAACGGAGUCAUCCUGGACUAUGAGCUACAUUAUUAUGAAAAGGAUCAAUCAGAAUAUAACGCUACCGCCAUCAGGAGCCAGACCAACACAGUGGUCAUACGUGGCCUCAAACCAGGAAGCAUCUACGUGUUCCAGGUCCGGGCCCGAACCGUAGCUGGCUUUGGACGUUACAGUGGCAAACUGUACUUCCAGACCAUGACUGAGGAGGAGUACAACACCAGUAUUCAGGAGAAGCUACCUCUCAUCAUCGGCUCGGCAGCUGCUGGCUUGGUCUUCCUCAUUGCUGUUGUCGUCAUCAUCAUCGUCUGUAACCGGAGGCGUGGCUUUGACAGGGCUGAUUCAGAAUACACGGACAAACUGCAGCACUACACCAGCGGCCACAUGACUCCAGGAAUGAAGAUUUAUAUUGAUCCGUUCACAUAUGAGGACCCCAACGAGGCUGUGAGGGAGUUUGCCAAGGAGAUUGAUAUAUCCUGUGUGAAGAUUGAGCAGGUCAUUGGUGCAGGAGAGUUUGGAGAGGUGUGCAGUGGUAACCUGAGGCUCCCAGGCAAAAGGGAGAUGUUUGUGGCCAUAAAAACUCUGAAGUCUGGCUACACUGAAAAGCAAAGGCGAGACUUCCUCAGUGAGGCCAGCAUCAUGGGCCAGUUCGACCAUCCUAACGUCAUUCACCUGGAGGGCGUGGUCACCAAGAGCAGUCCUGUCAUGAUCAUUACUGAGUUUAUGGAGAAUGGGUCUCUGGACUCCUUCCUCAGACAAAACGAUGGGCAGUUUACUGUGAUCCAGCUGGUUGGUAUGCUACGCGGCAUCGCCUCAGGCAUGAAAUACCUGGCCGACAUGAACUAUGUGCACCGCGACCUCGCUGCCCGGAACAUCCUGGUCAACAGCAACCUUGUGUGCAAGGUGUCGGACUUCGGCCUCUCGCGCUUCCUGGAGGAUGAUACAUCAGACCCCACCUACACUAGUGCUCUGGGAGGGAAGAUUCCUAUCCGAUGGACUGCACCCGAAGCUAUCCAGUACAGGAAGUUCACCUCUGCCAGUGAUGUGUGGAGCUACGGGAUCGUCAUGUGGGAAGUCAUGUCCUACGGAGAGAGGCCUUACUGGGACAUGACCAAUCAAGAUGUCAUCAAUGCCAUAGAGCAGGACUACCGGCUGCCCCCACCCAUGGACUGUCCCAGCGCGCUGCACCAGCUCAUGCUAGACUGCUGGCAGAAGGACCGCAACAACCGGCCCAAGUUCAGUCAGAUCGUCAACAACCUUGACAAGAUGAUCCGCAAUCCCAACACGCUGAAGGCCAUGACCCCGUUAUCUUCAGGUGUUCAUCUCCCUCUCCUGGACCGCAGCAUCCCAGACUUCUCCAGCUUCAGCACUGUGGACGAGUGGCUGGAUGCCAUCAAGAUGGGCCAGUACAAAGACAAUUUUGCCAGCGCUGACUUUUCUACAUUUGAUGUGGUGUCCCAGAUGACCAUGGAUGACAUCCUGAGGGUUGGUGUGACGUUAGCAGGCCAUCAAAAGAAGAUCCUCAACAGCGUCCAGAUGAUGCGGGCACAGAUGAACCAGAUCCAGUCGGUGGAGGUUUGACCCCUCCCGAGUGGAGCAGAGAGGGGGGAAAAAGGCGGUUGGGAUACGGCUCUGGGUGCGGAGGAUGGAGUGGAUGUUUUUUUCGCGUUGUGUGUGUCUGGUCUUCCCACCAGGCUACCAUUCAUCCCCCGUUCCCCUCUCCAGUUCCCUCUUAUCUCCUGACCCUUACUCUCCAUCCAUCUUCGGGAUCAGCUGUGGAGAGAUGUGGAAAACAAAGGUCCAUGUGAUGAGGCAUCAGAGGGCCCACAGCCAACCCGUCUUUGGAGCCAGGAACAUGGUGACCAGCAACACGUUUUUUCAAUCUUCCACCAAUUUUCAUUUGAUGUUGAACUUCUUCUUUUUUCUUUUUUUUUUUUGGUUUGUUUCUUCUGAUCAUUUUGUAAAGAAUUUUUUAAAGGAAAAAAAAAAAAGAAAACCUGAGAAAAGGCAAGGAGUUUAUCUAAAUUUAUAGAUGAUAUAAGCGUGUACACUAGACAAACUGAGUAGGAAAGCUACCCUUUAAAAGGGCAAAAAUAAAAAAAAUAAAAAUAAAUAAGAAGAGUUAAGGAGACGAGGCCAUCCUCAACAAUGUGUGGAUAUUGUCCUUACAUCUUCUUAAUUUUGGACAUCGUGAGGAGUCACAGAGUUCUCUGUGGCCUUCUGAAAGGCAAAUCGCAGAGGAGACUGAGGGACCCGACGCGCACUCCCAACUGUUUACCCUGGAGAGAAAAUACAUUUUAAAAAAAAACAUGAAAUGGACAACGUUUGAUAACACGUGACUGAUGUCAAAACACAUUCAUUCAGACUGACAAUUCACACAGUGAAAUCAACACUAAAGAAAAAGAACAAAAAUACAUAGUUUUUUUCUCAUUGCAAGUAAUUUUCUAUAUUGUGUGACAUUUUGUGAUGAAGAAUUCCGUCUCACCAUGCUUCCUCUCACUAUAGACAAAAUGACAAUUUUUUUUUUUUUUCUUUCACAGUGAAAUAUUCACAGCCUGCCAAAUAGAACUCUUCCCUUUUUGCACCCCAAUCAUGAUCCUGUACUGUACAUAUCUGAUGCACUUGACCUGCCGUAACGCGAGGACUCAGAAACAGACAGUUGUAACGGAUCAGUUUAGAAGCAGAAAGAGCUGACCACAGGGAACAUUUAAGUUGUUGUCACCGUCACUUUCUUUCCUUAUUUUGUGGGGGGAAAAAAUAGCUUGUGAAGAAAAAAAAAAAAACCCAAUAACAAACCAACGUCCUACAUAGAUUCACAC